AGGGCGGCCGUGGCUGCCGCGCACGUGCGGCUGCGGAAGCAGGAAGCUGGUUCUCGGCCGGCGCCGGGCCUCACUGCCCGGGCCUCCAGCCGCCGAGGCCAGGCCCGAGCACAGACAAACACGCUCUGAUCUGGGGACCAGAUACCAACUUAGAGCCUUUGUACCAGUCUCAGUCCUCCAGUAGCAUUCUUUAAAAGCCAAGUCAGAAAAGGAGGCAGCAGUUCCCUGCCUGAGGCUGGUGUAAGUCUUCGCCUGGGGAGUGAGUGCAACGACAGACCAGGUCACUUUGCACCCAUCCAGAAGCAGCCUUCUGGUGCACAGCUAAGACCUGAACACCAUCUUUGCCCUACCCAGGGUUCCACAGUUUUCUCAUGGUGAAUUUUGGGUGGAUUUGGCUCUCAGUUGCUGGCAGCUGGGAAGAGAAAUGGCUAUGACCAGGUUGGGGCUUGGAAGGCAGACUUUCCGUCUCUUGAAGAGGAGUUCACUGCUGUUGAGAAUCAUAGCUGUUGUCUUUGCUGUGCUUCUAUUUUGUGAAUUUUUAGUCUAUUACUUAGUAAUCUUUUGGUGUAAUUGGCCUGAGGUGAAAACUCCAGCCUAUGACAGUGAACAAGAGACUCCUGAGCCUGUGCUGAGAGCCAUGUUUUUGGCGGAUACCCACUUGCUUGGGGAGGUCAGAGGCCACUGGCUGGACAAAUUACGAAGGGAGUGGCAGAUGGAGAGGGCCUUCCAGACGGCCCUGUGGUGGUUGCAGCCAGACGUCGUCUUCAUCCUGGGGGACGUCUUUGAUGAAGGGAAGUGGAGCUCCCCCCAGGCCUGGGCAGAUGAUGUGGAGCGGUUUCAGAGAAUGUUCAGACACCCAAGUCAUGUGCAGCUCAAGGUGGUUGCUGGCAACCAUGACAUUGGCUUCCAUUAUCAGAUGAGCACAUACAGAGUAAAACGAUUUGAGAAAGUUUUCAACUCUGAAAGGCUGUUUUCUUGGAAAGGAAUUAAUUUUGUGAUGGUCAACAGUGUCGCACUGGAAGGGGAUGGCUGUGGCAUCUGUUCUGAAGCAGAAGCUGAACUCACUGAAAUUUCUCGCAAACUGAAUUGCUCCCGAGAGCAGGAGCAGCCUCCCAGCCAGUGUGGAGAUGUGCAGCCGCUCCCCGCCUCCGCCCCGGUCCUCUUGCAGCAUUACCCACUGUAUCGGAGAAGUGAUGCUGACUGUUCUGGGGAAGACGCCGCUCCUCCAGAGGAGAGGACCGUCCUGUUUAAGGAGAAGUAUGAUGUGCUCUCUAGGGAGGCCUCACAAAAGCUGCUGUGGUGGCUCCGGCCGCGCCUGGUCCUGAGUGGUCACACGCACAGUGCCUGUGAGGUGCUCCAUGCGGGAGGACUCCUGGAGCUGAGCGUCCCGUCUUUCAGUUGGAGGAACAGAAACAACCCCAGUUUCAUCAUGGGCAGCUUAACGCCCGCAGACCACGCCCUCUCCAAGUGCUACCUCCCACGUGAGGACACGGUUCUCAUCAUGUACUGCGGAGCAGCUGGGCUCCUUGUGGUCCUCAUUUUAGUUCACGUAGAGCUUUUAGCAUCACCUUUUCAUUUUGGUUGGAACUUGCUCAGAAAGCAUAAGAUAAUGUGAGGAGUGGGCGACUUUUGCAUUUUGCAAUAAAUAUCAAAACCAAAGAAACAGAACUUUGGGCAGAGUUCACGUGAGAGGCAAGUGGACAGCGAGACCGGACAUGGGCUGUCUUGGUGCACGUCACAGAAAUUAUACAUCCCUGACGUGAGUUACUGCAGGAUAAACAGUCUACUGUUCUCAUGCUGUAAAGACGGAACAUGUGCUGUACAACAAAUGUCUUCUUGUUUUUAUCAAAUGCAUGUAUCUUCAGAGGCUGCAUCUGUACAGUAUAAAUGCUGUUACUGCCACCACUUGCGUGCACGACACCGUCCUUGCUUCCCCAGGAAGGACCUGGCAGCCCUGACGCACACUUGAGAUUAUGUGUGCACAUUGACACUGGGUGUGCUUCUGUCCUAUGAAGUGGUUCUCAAAUUCCUGUAUAUGAGAAAGCUGUACACUUAAACGAACAGAUGAGUUGUGCAAGGACAUUGUUUUCAUGGACUUUUGUACUUCUGUGCUAAACUAAUGGAAUCAGAAUUUUUUUUAGAUGAGUAUAAUUUUCUUUACAGGAGACCAAGUCAUUGCAUCUGAGAAUUUAAUGCCUGUCAAUGAUCAAAGGAAGCUUGAAAAAUGGAGUAGGUUAUAGCUU